AUGGAUAAAGAACAUUCACCAAACUUAUCUAGAGUACCAAAAUGUUUUUGUAAACAACCCGCAUCUGUUUGUCUAUCUGAAAGAUCAGGAACUCUUAUUUACGAUUGUCAUUAUGUUAAGCAUGUUAAUCCUUGGAAUUCAGGUAUUUUGCUAGAAUAUGACGAUAAAAAUAAAAAGACUAUAUUAUGCACAGUUUUCAAUUUAGCCAAUUAUCCUGGAAAGGAGAAUAGAAUAUGUGGUUUUCAUGUACAUCUACCAUCAUGGAAUAAAAUAUGCAAUGGAAGAAUAUUUAAUGCGAAUAAUCGUGAACUUAGCACAUGUCCUUUUUUUAACUUUACGUUUUGUGUAGAAUUUCAAACUAUAAAUCAAUACCCCAUCAACAUACCUUCUGUGCCAAGAUGUUAUUGUAAAAGACCAAUUGUAUUGACAAGAAUUACUACACCUGGUAAUAUUGGAAGAUGGUAUAUGGCUUGUGCAAGUUAUCACGUACCAGGAGCAAAGCCUAAAUGUUCAUUUUUUAAGUGGGCUGAUGAAGUUUUAUAUGAUAAAAAUGACCAAUGUUUUCAUGAUGAUUUUUACAAAUUUGAACAAGUAUUUAUUAGGGAACCAACUUAUCAAAGUUGGCGAAAAAGAUUGGUUUACAUUCAAGAUGCUCAUAUUAACAAUCGUGAUGAUGACAAUUUUUUAGCUAGUAUCAAUAAUAAUUUUAUACAUUCUUCUGAUCCCACAAGAGUGAAGAUUGCUGGAUUAGAUUUUUAG